AUGACCACCGAGAAGACUGCAUACGCUCCCGUGGAGGGGGUACCCUCUCCACCCUCACUUCCUGGGCAGCCAGCGUUUCCUGUCACAUUUGACAUGAAUAUGCCAGGCCCAAACAUGUUCGGAGCCCCUGCACCUGGUGGUUUCCCUCCUCCUGGUGGUUUCCCUCCUCCUGGUGGUUUCCCCCCUCCUGGUGGUUUCCCCCCUCCUGGUGGUUUCCCCCCUCCUGGUGGGUUUCCUUUCCCUCCACCGACUGCUUUUGGACCAGGCGUCCCUGGAGCUUUCGGAAGGAACCCUCAAGGCGGCUCUGGAUUUGGAGCCAACCCCUCUUCCUCCCCAUACUCUCCACCAGGCCAGGGCUUUAAUGGCAACUUCAGCGAUGAUGUUUACCAUAGUGAAGAGGACCCACCACCCUUUCAUGAGAAUCAAGACUUUGAUUUUGGAUUAGAUAACAAGACCAUAAGAAGAGCCUUCAUUCGAAAGGUUUUCUUGGUGUUGACUGCUCAGCUGAUGGUGACAUUUGCCUUUGUGGCUGUUUUCACCUUCGUGGAUGAAAUCAAGACGUUUGUCAUUGUGAACGCCUGGACGUACCUGGUGUCCUAUGUCAUAUUCUUUGUGUCGGUUUGUGUGAUCAGCUGCUGUGGAAGCGUUCGCCGAAGACAUCCUUGGAACCUGGUUGCAUUAUCCGUCCUGACCCUCAGUAUGUCCUACAUGGUGGGAAUGAUUGCCAGCUUCCAUGACACUGACACAGUGGUCAUGGCAGUGGGCAUCACGGCAGUUGUGUGCUUCACAGUGGUCAUCUUCUCUCUGCAGACCAAGUACGACUUCACUUCCUGUUACGGUGUGCUUUUCGUCUGUUUAAUUGUCCUGAUCAUCUUCGGCUUCCUCUGCAUCUUCAUCCGUGACAGGAUUCUGCACAUUGUGUAUGCUGGCCUGGGAGCUUUGCUCUUCACCUGUUUCUUGGCGGUGGACACACAGCUGCUGCUUGGCAACAAGGAACUGUCCCUGAGUCCAGAAGAAUACAUCUUUGCUGCUCUUAACCUGUACACAGACAUCAUCAACAUCUUCCUCUAUAUUCUUGCUAUCUUUGGAAGGGCAAGGGGGAGCUGAGCAGGAGGAACAGCAGGUAGAAAUUCUGACAGAAAUUUGCUUUUAGUUCAUGGAUAGAAGAGUGAGUUGGUUUUCAUUUAGUCUUGUAAUGUGCAUUAAUCGCAUAGUUUGAGAAUAUUUUGCUUCACCCAGUGUAAAUGUUAUUUUUUUGAUAAUAUAUAGAUUGUCUAUGUUGUAGUUUUGGAGAAGUUUUAUGACGUCUUGUACAAUACUUUGAUUUAGAAAUUGAUAUCUCAUGGCUUAUGAAAUCAUUUAACAGUAUAAAGAUUUGACACUAGCUUUUUUCAGGGCCUUCAACAGUCUUCAUCCGCAGGAGUUUGAUCAGUUGUCAUGGUGAUGAAUCUGUUGACAUGCGAGCUCAGGUAGCCAUUGCACUUUUAGGAAUAAAAAAGUGCAGUGCAUGAAAGCAUAGCAACUGCUGAACUUGCAUGUUAACAGAUCCAUCGCCAUGGCAACCGAGCAAACUACAUCAGCUGGUGAAGACUGUGAUAUGGUGGAAAGCCCUAGACGAAGCUAGUAAGCUGAUCCUGGAUUUUUGUCAAGCUACUAUGUCCAAGAUAAAGAAUAAACUUUAAUGCUGUGCAUAAAUGUUCUUUUCUAAA